AUGUUUUAUAACCUUUGUAAGUUUAUUAUGUUAUUAUUAGGCACAAAAAGUAUUAUAUUUAUCUAAAAUUUAGUAUAUAGCAUGUACUAGAAAAACCAUAAAAUUUAUUCCUUCAGUUAGAGUAUCACUAUUAGUGACAAAAUGAUGGGUUACUUACCAAUAUUAUAUUCAAUCGGAUCAUUAAUUUUCAAUAAUUAAAUUAAUGGAAGCACAAUUUUUGGGAUAUUGCAUCAAUUUUAAUUUCAUUUUUGA